AAAAAAUCACAAUCUCUCAAUUCCACCCAUUUUUUCGCUUCCAUCGCGACUGUGUGCAAAAAUUCUCACAAUGUUAUGGAUUCUUCGCGAAAAUUGGUUUAUCAUCUGAUACCACCAGUCAGUUCCUCCCCAGAUUCCCGAGCAGAACAGUCGAUUGGUGAGCUCUAGGAAGUGAUCUCAUAGUACAACAGGAGCAAUCUCGGACUAAAGAUUUCUGCAAUUUUCUGUGAAGUUCUGUGACUAAGCAAAAAGCCCUCUAAAGUGACUCAAGAUCCUGGAUAAAAUGACAAAGAUUAUCCUGUUGUUUGCAAUCCUGCUCUGUGUGCAGAUUAUCAGUGCCGAUGAUAAAAAACAGUGCGAACCCGGAAGUAACUUUAUGAUUGACUGCAAUAGAUGCCGCUGUAGCAACGAUGGAACACACUUUUGGUGCACUAGGAUGGCCUGUGUUGAUUUUAACCGGCCAAAGCGUCAAGUUGCUGAGGAUCGAAAGGCUGAGGAUCCCAAAUCCGAAGAGCCAAAACAGGAAGAACAUGUAGAAGCAACUCCAGAAAAUGGACAGGUCUGUACACCUGGAGAUGUGAAACAUGAGGACUGCAACAGGUGCAAGUGCGCCAAUAACGGUAUUGGAUGGUGGUGCACAAGGAACGAAUGUCCGACACGAAGGAGGAGACACCCACUCAUCCCAUAAUCUUACGAAUCCCACCUACAAUUCGGCAUCUGCUAGGAGACCUCUGUAAUUAAUGCUAAAUUAAAUAUACUUUAAUGAAUAGUUCCUGUGGGCUUUUUU